UUACGCUAACUAAACAGUGUUAGUGUUGAAGUAAAAAAAUACAAUCUGUAUCAAUUCACUGUUUUUAAAUCUUAACUUAAAUAGUUAACCACACACUGAUGUUUGUGUUUAACAAGUUGCACUUGUGGCCAUAGCCCAGCGGGUGAUGUCACUGCCGAUGUUUUUCAUCUUUAAAAACAUUGUAAAAAAAUAAAAAUAAAAAGCAGCCAUCAGGCGGGACAGAAGAUGUGUGGACAGAAGAUGAGAACAGUGUUUUUCUUAUGAUAGCCAAUGUUUACAAAGUGAAUUGAACAUAAAAAAGUCGGAAGGACUUGUGUGUGAAAUGUAUCAACUGCAAGUAAAAAUGUGUUACGACAUCUAUACUGUAUCACUGCAGUAGUUUUGCCCUUUGACAGUUGUAAAACACCUGCAGUGACAUCACAGAUUGCGGUGUUGCCAGAAGAACAUUUGCCUGUCACUUUAGAACACAGCAGCAGCAGCAGCAGAGGUUUUAAAUAUUUCAAGGGAUAUUGGUUUAUAAUGGUUUUAAUUAAAUCUUUAAUCAGCAAUUUAAUAUUUAAAUAACUGAAAAUGAUGUUCAACAAGUCUCACUGACCUUCUUGGAUAAUUAUUUGCAGAAUAAUACCAAGUUUUUUUCGCUGGUAAAAUGAGUGAUCAAAAUGACUUUUGUGGCGAACAAGUGACUGUGUGUGUAUUCUUGGCGUGACCCGUUUGUGUAGAGGGGAGGGAGCAGCAGUAAGAAGCAAAAACCCGGACCUGUACACAGUUAUUCAAUGUUCUCAGAUUCACCUCUUUGUUAACAGCUCCUCUUGCUUUUCUGUGCAUUUUGUUUAAUAGAAAUAUUUAUAUUUAAAAACACGUACAGAGCUGCAGCAUUGAGAGUGAAGAGACAAGUGAGCACUUCAAUGAUAUCCACAGUGAGAGAUGACGGACUCGGAAGUGUCUGUGCUGCUGCACUGUGCAGCCUGGAGGGGUCUGCUGCAGGCUCAGGUACAGGUGGAGCUCUCUGAAAGAUUCAACAGACAGACAGAUCCAGCUGUAGAUCGUCACAUAGAGGAGGUGUGGACAGAGCGAGUCUCCAAGGAGCCAUGGCUUUUCAACGGUUCCAAAUUCAGACUGCACUCUUUCUGCUUGUCAUCGUUCCCGGUUUCUCAUAAACACCCAGCCUGCACUCAUCCACCAAACACCCCGUCCUCAGACCGAGCAGAGGAGCAGGAGGGUGAUGCACCAAACAGAACACAGAAAAUGGAGAAGUCGUGUAUCACGGACUCACUGCAUGACACUGCUCAGAGCAGUUUGGACAGAAGGAGCAGAGAUGUGAAUCAGGUAGAAAAUGCAGAUAGUGUCAGUGCACUGUCACCAGCUUCCUCCACCUUCUGUAUAAACGCAGAGGAUCCAGAGCCCCUCCUCACUCUGAGGCUCGGCCUCACAUGCUACAAAGAUUACCUGGGAACAAACUGGUCGUGUCGGGUGGCAGAGCUGCGUCAGCGCGGAGAGGUAGAGUUCAGAGAUGCUCUGGCGCUGCUGGCUCAGCCUCUGGGUGUGGGCGGCAUAGUCUGUACAGACGACGGGCAAGUGGUGUUCAUCAGGAGGAGCCAGAAGGUGGCAGAGGCCGGGGGGCUGCUGGACAUCCCCGGAGGUCACCCAGAACCAAAGGUGGUGUGUGAGCGUCUGGGCCAGGCGGUGCGUGAGGAGCAGAUCAGCGUGGACAUGAUGCAGCAGAGGCCUGUUGUUUCAGAGCUGUUCUUGUCUGUGUGCGCCGAGAUCAGAGACGAGGUGAAUAUUCCUCUGAGCUCCCUCGGAGAGCCGGUCCUGAUGGGCGUCGCUCUGAAUCACACCAGCGCCGGCAGACCAAGUGCUGAGUUCUACGUCAGUUGCUCGUUGACAUCUGAUGAAGUAAGAAAGUUGUACUGGCAAGGAGGAGCGGAGGCCCAUGAGUCAACAGAUAUUGUCUUCCUCAGCAGAACUGAGGUGUUGCAGCUGGACAUCAGCAGCCCUCUGUGGUCGGAGCUGUGUCCUUCAGCCAAAGGAGCCAUACUGCUUUAUCAGACAGUGAAGCCUUACAGCGAGCGGGGACAGAGCAGACAACAUGACGCUCAGCAGAUCGCUUCAGAAAAGAGAUCCGGAUGAUUAAAUGUACCCAUCAAAAAACAAACAUUUCAGGGUAUUUAUUACUCUGACUUAAGGCACUCUCUUAACAACACUGGUGCUACAAAUGUGCAAAAUACUGUAUAUUUUUUUAAGCAUUUGUUCACUGUAGAGUAAAAGCAUAUUGAUUUUAGAAAAUGUUGAAUUAAAAACUCGUAAAAAGUGAC